ACUGAAAUCGGUAACAAUUUGUUUGUUUAGUUACAUCCUGAAUAUUUGACAUUUGUAUGAAUAUUUGUGACAAAAAUGAAAUAACAAUUCAGCAAUACAGCGCCAACGUCAGCCAUUUAUUAUGCUUUAACACAAAAUGUUGUUUAUUUGUUCUGUUCCUGUACUGAAAAAAACUACGAAAAUAUUUGUGGUCUUGGCGUUAUUUCUUGCUAUUUUGCAGAUAAACGAAUUGGUUGUUGAUGCACUCGCUUCACACGAAAUUAUGAAAAUCCUUUGAAAAUCAUAUGCUCGUACAUGCAGUAAAGUUAGCAGACGACAAUCGGAACCUCAUUCAUAAUUAUUAGAGUGAGCAGUAGGUUUCACGUAAAAAGAAUAUUUCUAAUUAUCGGGCUGAUAUACAAAUAGUAUCCCUUGAAUAAUUAGGAAUGAGUUCAUUAUGCAGUUACAAGCACCCAGGUAUCUGCUAACACGAGAAAUUUCAUGUAACUCUCGAAUAUCUUUAGCCCCAUUUCAGUAGGUACCGGUUUGAUUGUGCAGUUAUUGAAUUUUGUUUAAAGAUUUCGUAAACCUAUUCGCCCUUUUUGUGUGUGUGUGUGUGUGUGUGUGUGUGUCAGUCCUAGUAUGAUGCAACGAAGUUCAAUAACCAACGCCUUUCAUUCAAAAACUUUGCAACUAACUUUCGUCAGCAAUCUCCGUCUCCAAGUGCCCAGAACAUUCAACCACUAUCAACGUGGGCCAAUGAAAGAAAGCCAGUUGUGUUCCCUGGCCAAUCAGGUUUCGAGGCGUAAGCAUUUGGCUUCUGCCUCUGCCUAUGACGUGGGGAUUUCGCUAUAUAUCCUGCGACCGAACGCUACAGCUGCGUUGAGUUGUUCGUUGUGAGACCGUGUGUGAAGUGUUGUCGUGAUUCUUUACCGGUGCGCCUUAGCGAAAAACUUCUGAGUGUGACAAGCGAUUAAUUGUUAUUGCGUGUGGUCUAAACCCACGAUGAGGGUAGUUCAGCUCCUGUGUUUUGCAUUCUUAGUGAAUGCAUGUUUCUGUUCUAAAGAAGAAAAAAAUGUAGGCACAGUCAUUGGUAUAGAUUUGGGUACAACCUAUUCUUGUGUCGGAGUUUAUAAAAAUGGAAGAGUUGAAAUUAUUGCGAAUGACCAAGGGAACAGAAUAACACCAUCGUAUGUUGCUUUUACACCGGACGGAGAGAGGUUAAUAGGGGAUGCUGCCAAGAAUCAGCUGACAACAAAUCCAGAAAAUACGGUGUUCGAUGCGAAGAGAUUAAUCGGCCGAGAUUGGUCAGAUCCGGCUGUGCAGCAUGAUAUAAAGUUUUUCCCGUUUCGUGUGAAGGAAAAGAACAGUAAGCCUUAUAUUCAGGUUGCUACAUCGCAGGGCGAAAAAGAAUUCGCCCCAGAAGAAAUUUCGGCAAUGGUUCUAGGAAAAAUGAAAGAAACUGCUGAAGCAUAUUUAGGUAAAAAAGUGACGCAUGCUGUAGUCACUGUCCCUGCCUAUUUCAAUGAUGCGCAGAGGCAAGCAACAAAGGAUGCUGGUACAAUAGCAGGUCUUGUUGUAAUGAGGAUAAUAAAUGAACCAACUGCAGCUGCUAUUGCCUAUGGGUUGGACAAGAAAGAAGGAGAGAAAAAUGUGUUGGUGUUCGAUCUUGGUGGUGGAACCUUUGAUGUAUCACUCCUCACAAUAGACAAUGGUGUUUUUGAGGUUGUUGCAACUAAUGGUGAUACUCAUUUGGGUGGUGAAGACUUUGAUCAGCGGGUUAUGGAUCACUUCAUCAAGUUGUACAAGAAGAAGAAAGGCAAAGACAUUCGUAAGGAUAAUAGAGCUGUUCAGAAGCUACGUCGUGAGGUAGAGAAAGCAAAGAGAGCACUUUCAUCCAGUCACCAAGUUAGAAUUGAAAUAGAAAGCUUCUUUGAGGGUGAAGAUUUCUCGGAGACUUUGACAAGGGCAAAAUUUGAGGAAUUGAACAUGGACUUAUUCAGGUCAACCAUGAAACCUGUGCAGAAGGUGCUAGAGGAUGCUGGUAUGACAAAGAAAGAAGUUCAUGAAAUAGUGCUUGUUGGAGGUAGCACAAGAAUACCCAAGGUGCAGCAGCUUGUAAAAGAAUUCUUUUCCGGCAAAGAACCAUCUCGUGGCAUAAACCCUGAUGAAGCUGUUGCAUAUGGUGCUGCUGUACAAGCAGGUGUGCUAUCAGGAGAACAGGAUACAGAUGCAAUUGUUCUCCUGGAUGUAAAUCCCCUUACAUUGGGAAUUGAAACUGUUGGUGGAGUAAUGACAAAAUUGAUUCCGAGGAACACUGUUAUCCCUACUAAGAAAUCUCAGAUAUUUUCUACAGCUGCUGACAACCAGCAUACUGUGACUAUACAAGUGUAUGAAGGGGAAAGGCCCAUGACUAAAGAUAAUCACUUGCUUGGAAGAUUUGAUUUAACAGGUAUCCCAUCUGCUCCAAGGGGUGUUCCACAAAUAGAAGUUACUUUUGAGAUUGAUGCAAAUGGUAUUCUGCAGGUUUCAGCUGAAGACAAAGGAACAGGCAACAGGGAAAAGAUCGUCAUAACAAAUGACCAAAGUAGGUUGAGCCCAGAAGACAUUGAGCGUAUGAUUAAAGAUGCAGAAAUUUUUGCAGAUGAGGACAAAAAGCUUAAAGAACAUGUUGAAGCUAGAAAUGAACUGGAGUCAUAUGCAUAUUCUCUGAAAAAUCAGAUUAAUGACAAGGAGAAACUGGGAGCAAAGCUAAGUGACAGUGACAAGACAACAAUAGAAGAAGCAGUUGAUGAAGCAGUGAAAUGGUUGGAAGAUAAUCAAGAUGCUGAAACAGAAGAAUUCAAGCAGCAAAAGAAGAAGCUCGAAGAUGUUGUUCAACCGAUAAUCUCAAAGCUGUACCAAGGAGCAGGGGCACCACCACCUGAUGCAGAGACAGAAAAGGAUGAACUGUAAAGUCGCUUAAAUAUCUGCCCACAUAGUGGGCUAGGAAGCAGACUGCCAUUUACAGUUUCAGCAGUUCCACAAAACCUGCUACCAAAGAAGUUACUGAAUGGACAGUUUAAUAGAGAAUUUCCAUUUUGAAGACUGAAGUGUGAAUGAGUUGCAGUGUACAUAAUUAUUUAUAAAUUGUUUGUUUUGUUAUGUGACAUGAUUGUGUGAAAGUGGUUUUUUUUUAUUUGUUAAAUAAAAUUUUGUAAUUUAUUUUUCAGAA